CCUGUUCUUAAUUCGCAUUCCAUUCAUAAGAUUUUGUUUGACAAUUUCAAAUAACCCAUCCGAAAAUAAGAAUGGAGAAUAAACUUACUUUCUUGUUAUUAGCUCAUCUCGUGUUAUUAACGGUGCCCGUUGGUGGUGAGCAGUGCCAGAAUCAGCUGAUAGAUUGUGAUAUUAUCAACAGACUAGCAGAGCAGAGAACAAAAGAAAUGCCAAAUCUGAGCACCGAUUUUGAAAAUGGAUCACCCAACGAAUGGAAGGACGAAUCGAAAACGGCCGUUCACUGGAACAUUGAGGAUUACAACUCACCGUGGGAAGUGGAUAAUCUACCAUUUAAACCUUCGAUCGGUAACAGGUAUUUACGAGUUGAUCGCAAGUCGACUUUCGGAGUGGCCAUUUUACGAAGCCCAACAUUUUCCUUCUCGGAUGAAGAGAAAUACAACUUGCUUACAUUUGAUUUUUGGCUUCGAUCAACAUGGUCCAAAUUCACUAACUUAGAGUUGUUUGUGAAUGAAAAUGGAAACGAGAAGCAACUGUUAAGUCUGUCGGACUACUCGUUCAUCACCAAUCGAAAUUGGAUUACAAUUUCAGUUGCACCUCUUCACGACGUGUCACCGGGGUCUGUAAUUUCGUUUGUUUUCUACGCCUAUUGUGGUACGAAUGUCGAAGACGCAGUGGCCAUCGAUAAUAUACGGUGGACAUUAUUCAACGAAAGAACUUCGGUGACGUCAGCAGAUCCAAUUACCUCUACGUCUGACACGCAAUCCGACAACCCAUUCGACGACCUCGACCUCGACCUCGACCUCGACCUCGACCUCUGGUGAUGCAAUGUCUCCUGCCGACUCGACAACGACUAAAAAUGCAAAAGCCAGCUAAUUACUAAAAGGGAUGAAUAAAUAUAAUGAUUAUCUCUUAAA